AAAAUUAAUUUAGAAAAUACUCCCUAUGCCACUUAUUUUUGGAAGUUUAGGUUCUACAUUUCUAGUGUGAUAAAAUUACAGAUAAGUGAAACGCGUAUAAACUGUUUAAAACACAUGUGACGGAUGUAAAUGAGUUACUGUUCCACGUGUCGGAGAUUACCCCCCAAAAAUACGUAAAAGAAACCUCAAGUGACUAUAACAAAUCAAACAUGUCAGUCAUGAAACCCCCUGAAACGGUAUGUCACCAAACGGCGUAUCCAACGGUGAGGAAAACGGAUACUUACCAAUCUCAAAAACUGAAACUGAAAACAAUACUCAACUUCCAACCGAAUCAAAUGAAAAUAGUGAAUCGUUAGAUUCCGAUGAGCAAUCUGAUGAUGCCGAAAUUGUAGUUCCUCCUGACGGUGGUUGGGGAUGGGUGGUCGUUAUUGCCUCAUUUCUCUGCAACAUGGUCGUAGACGGAAUCGUCUACGCUUUUGGGAUGUUCCUGGAAGAUAUCUCAAAAGAGUUUGAUGUAUCGGAAGCCAAAGUUUCGCUAGUUGGAUCUCUAUUAUCUGGUUUUUAUCUUAUGGUCGGACCAUUUACCAGUGCUCUUGCAAACCGUUACGGUUUUAGAUUGGUAGCAAUCGUUGGAAGUGUUUUAUCCGCCAUCGUUUUUGGAUUAUCCUACUUUGCUACGGACAUCAUUUACCUUUGCGUGGUAUACGGAAUUAUUGGUGGAAUUGGUUUUGGUCUAAUAUACGUGCCGGCUGUGAUUACGGUAGGAUUCUACUUUGAAAAAUUCAGGGCGCUAGCAACUGGUAUUGCGGUUUGUGGAUCUGGUGCCGGUACCUUCGUUUUUGCGCCGUUAUGCGCCGCCCUUAUAAAAACUAUCGGUUGGCGCUGCACCAUAAUCGCCCAAGCACUUAUGAUUUUAACAUGCAUACUAUUUGCGUCCACCUUCAGGCCAGUGAAACCCACGAAAUUGAAAAAUUUGAAAAACAAAGAUGAACAAGAAAAGCCAGAGUUAGUUAUGGAUAGCAGUAAACUUAACCCAAAUACUCGCAUGAAGAUGGAGACGGCUUUGGCCAAUAUGAAAGCCGUCUCAUCUCACUCGUUGAACGAAAACCAAGCUACUAUUCCAAAAAUGCUAGGCGUUAGCAACAACGCGGCUUACCCAACUGCCGCACAAGUAUGGAAAACUGACAAGGUGUAUCAUACCAUUAGCGUUCCUCACCGCGGUGCCCAAGUUUACAAAGACAAACGACCAAGCAUACCUUUCAUAACAAUAACAAAAGAGAAGGAGAGGGAAGACGAACAAACAACUGGUACCACUCCGCUUCUUGACCAAGACGAUGGACUUAAACCAAUCGUAAUGACGAAUCGGAGACACACAAUGGGAGAGCGACGACCAAAACUCGCCGAUGGAAGUGACUUGGUGAGGCGGAGGGGUACCCUGACUGUUCACGAUAAUCGGCCACUAUACCGCGAUGACAUUUUCUUCGGCGCAAGUCUCACCCGCCUACCUCAGUACACCUCGCAAAGCUCCCUUGCGUACAACCUUUCGGUAACCCGUCCACCGACCAAACACGAAAUAGAGGAAGAGGCUGAGGAAGAGUGUCGAUUCUGUCCGGAAUCUAUUCGAAGGCCACUGGCGACGAUGUUAGAUAUAAGCCUGCUCAAAUCGAUUUCGUUCCUAAUCUUAGCUACAAGUGGACUGUUAACAAUGUUGGGAUUCUUCGUGCCGUUUGUUUACUCAAAACACAGAGCCGUUAUCAAUGGAAUGGACGAACACAAAGCGAUAUGGUUGAUUUCUACUCUCGGAAUCGCAAACACAAUAGGAAGGGUGGUUAGCGGCAUGAUCAGUUCUUUUCCAAAAGUCAACGUACUGUUAGUAAACAAUGUUGCAAUAAGUAUUGGCGGAAUCGCAACCAUUUUAAGUGGACUAUCUCAGUCGACGGAAUACCAGUAUGCUUACGCAAUUAUAUUCGGAUUGAGCAUGUCGUGCUUUGCCUCGUUAAGACCAAUUUUAGUCGUGGAUCUUGUUGGAUUAGAUCGCCUGACGAACGCUUUUGGCAUUAUUCUACUUUUCCAAGGUGUAGCAGCUUGUGCAGGUGCACCGAUGGCUGGAGAAUUUUUCAAAGUCACCGGCAGUUAUGACGCUUCGUUCUAUUUAUCCGGGAGUCUUAUUCUGGCUUCGGCCGUAAUUUGCUACCCAUUAGGUAUAAUUAGUAGAUGGGAAAAGAGAAAGCUAGGGAUCACAGAGGAAAAGUCAGUAGCAGUUUGAUAGACUAUUUCAUUUAAUGUAGUUGCAAUCAUAUUGAUGGUGCUAUGUUUAAUUUACGAUUGAAUUCAAUGUUCCUACAUUUGUUGGUGUUACUACAUAAUAAUAAUUUAAUUUUACAAAUACCUCAUAAUUAGGAACAACUGCGUAAGACUGAUUACAUAGUUAAGAGAAUAUUUAAGUAAAUGUGUACAGUACAUUCCUUUAGAUGUUCAUAUUCGAAUAGAGACGUUUUGAAUAGUGUGUUGUUUUUUGGGCAGAACUUGAAUAAAUUGCUCCCCUACCAA